AAAGACUUCAUGCGCAGCAGAUGCGAGUGCAAAGGCAUAAGCAUCGCACUAAUAAAUUCCAGUAUGAUCUACGAUUGGUGUUGUUGUGGCCAUGAUGCGGCGACUUCAACAGUAGGCUCUGUUGGCGACUGGUAGCUAAGCGACACUUCACUACUGUCAGAUCUCCUUUCCAUUGCGUUCGACUAGCGAAUGCAUUCAAACGCCUCGCUAUGGCCUUCUUGGUAUCCGCACCAUCCGUAAGGAAUCGAUGGACGCAACUCAUUAUCGCCGCGAUCUUGUUUGUGGCGACCGUCCUAUACUUCACACCAGCAUUGGAAGCUGUCAAGCGCAUCAAUGCCCCCGGCUUGCAGUCUCCUUGGCAAGAUGAUUCGACCUCCACCCCUUUAUCGAAUGAGGAGGGUGUUAGACCGACGCGGGAUUACCACCCUAUCGACCGCCUCAUCGACGAAGGGAACCGGACCGCGCAGGUCUUGCUUGCUCGGGAGACGCAUUCACUACAUGAGGCAGCGCAAGCGUAUAGAGAACGGCGCGGACGUCAACCACCACCGCUCUUCGAUGCUUGGUUCAGAUUUGCCCAGAACAAGUCGGCGGUCAUAGUAGAGGAGUUCUUCGACCAGAUCUAUGAUGACCUUGCACCUUUUUGGGGCGUGCCUGCAAAGCAGAUCCGCGAGCAGGCGCACGGCUUUAUUCAUCGUAUAAGCGUGCGCAAUGGCAAUGUGACGCAGCGUACCGAUAUACCACAGAGGGCAUGGAUGGAUUUGUGGCAGAACAUGACUCAGACAAUUGCAGAGUGGUUGCCGGACGUCGACAUGCCAAUCAAUGUAAUGGAUGAGAGCCGAGUUGUGGUGCCAUGGGAGGAGAUCGAUGGAUAUAUGUACAAGGAGCGCUCUACCCGGCACAUUGUCCCUUCAGACGAACUCAAGACCAGCUUCGACAGCCUGCGAGCGCUAGACCGGAACCCGCCAGCAGCAUUCGAACCAGAGUUCCAGGGUAUGGGACCUUACUGGCCGCUUGCGGUUGUUGGUUGCCCGCCGACCAGCCCAGCACGUAAAGCAUAUAUCCAGACGGACUUCUCCACGCCGCCGCCUAUAUCUGGUGGCCGCCCAGAAGGCUCGUACGAGGGAUAUGUCUCUAACUGGACGCUUGCGGGGAGUCCUUGUGACGACGCUGCGAUACAAGGUAUCCAUGGUACUUUUGUGGAGCCGAUCUCGAUUUCAACUACGAAGACGUUCUUUCCACUAUUUGGCGGAAGUAAACUUCCCAUGAACAAUGAGAUUCUUCUACCGCCUGCAAUGUACUGGACGGAUGAUCCUUUCUACAGUGGCGGUGCGGAGCACGGUCAGAAGUGGGAGAAUAAGAAAAACAAGCUGAUCUGGCGCGGUGCCGCAAGUGGUGGCCGCAACAGAGAGGAGAAUUGGAGACGCUUCCAACGUCACCGCUUCGUGAGCAUGGUUAACUCAACGUCCGUGCGCUUGGCAGAGACCGGUGAGCAAUUGCCGCAGAACUACGUGCUCCCCGCGAACGAUAGCUACGAACUCGCCGCGUAUCCAAAUGCGCGGUACAUUAAGUCGAAGAGCCCGCUGGCGUAUUGGGUCGGCGAGUGGUCGAACGCAGCCUUCGUUCACCUACUCUGCUUUCCGGAGCCGGCCGACAACCCGCAACACUGCCCAUACACCGAUCAUUACUUCAGCGUCGAAAAGUUGAUGCCAAUGUCCGAGCAGUACGCGUACAAGUAUCUACCAGACCUUGACGGCAACAGCUUCUCUGGCCGCUAUCGUGCAUUCCUGUUCAGCACCUCGUUACCCAUCAAGGCCACGAUCUACAAAGAAUGGCAUGACUCGAGACUGGUGCCCUGGAAGCAUUUCGUGCCCAUGGAUAAUACUUUCAGUGACAUCUAUGGCAUUAUGGAGUAUUUCGUCGGUAAUGGCAAAGCUGGCGUGGCGGGCCAUGACGAUGCCGCCAGAGACAUUGCCCUGGGUGGCAAAGAGUGGGCAGAGAAGGUUUUGAGAAUGGAGGACAUGCAGAUCUAUCUCUUCAGGUUACUGUUAGAGUAUGCCAGGAUAUGUGACGAUGACCGCGAGCGCAUGGGUUGGAGAGAAGUACAACAAGAGAGCGCUAAGGGUUUAGCCGUAACCGUGGACGCAGAACAGGAGGACCCUGGCGAGCCCACUCAAGAUGAGGGAGAUGGGGUAGCCUACCAAAAGGAAGGCGACAAUGGUGUUGGAUAGUUACAGAGUCUAAUAAAGUGUCUCGUUUCUCCUAUACUCCAUGUCGCAGUCACGUGACGUUAAGC